AUAAGCCGGGGGGGGAUGGGAUUACUCUGCGCAUGUGCAGGAGCUCAUGCCGCCGGAAGUCAUGGUGCUCUUACCCAAGCGAGUGACGUAGUACGCGUGCGCAGUAGGGUCUUCCGUCAGCUGCGUUGUGGAAAUGGUGGAGAAGAAAACUUCAGUUCGUUCCCAGGACCCUGGACAGCGGCGGGUGCUGGACCGGGCGGCCCGGCAGCGCCGCAUCAACAGGCAGCUUGAGGCCUUGGAGAAUGACAACUUCCAGGACGACCCCCACGCAGGACUGCCCCAGCUCGGCAAGAGGCUGCCUCAGUUUGAUGAUGAUGCAGACACUGGAAAGAAAAAGAAGAAAACUCGAGGUGACCAUUUUAAACUUCGCUUCCGAAAAAACUUUCAGGCCUUGCUGGAGGAGCAGAACCUGAGUGUGGCUGAGGGCCCCAACUACCUGACGGCCUGUGCAGGACCCCCAUCCCGGCCCCAGCGCCCCUUCUGUGCUGUCUGCGGCUUCCCCUCCCCAUACACCUGCGUCAGCUGCGGCGCCCGAUACUGUACUGUGCGCUGUCUGGGCACCCACCAGGAGACCAGGUGCCUGAAGUGGACCGUGUGACCCUGGGCAUCCCUGGAGGGAAAGGCCCUCCAGGCAUUGCCUGCCUUUGGAGAGGACGUCACUGAAAGGAAGCGCACUGCCCCUGGACCAAGAGAGGAGCCCAGCAAAGCUCAGGUCACAUCCUCCAGGGAAGACCAAUCUCAUUCCCAGGGACAGUGGCAGGGCAGUGGGCCGAGCUCUCAAGUUGCUGUUGUAAUAAAAGGUCUCACGCGAG